AUGACUCUCACGAUAUCAUACGAGCCACCGGAAGGGGGGAGGCCUUGGUACGCUGACGUGGAACCCUCUGAAUCAUACGAGGGUGUUAUUAAUGCAGCCUGUGCCCUAUGGAAGAACCGCCUACCGUCUGAUGAAUGUAUCAUUGGGCGGUAUCUGGCUCGUCAAAUAAAACGUCAUGGCGAAAUUGAAUGGGCACGCAUAUCAGAGGCUCGCUUUAUCCAGCUCGUGCGAGACAGUCCAGAGGAGUUAGAACUCCGAUUGGAAUUGGACACUCAGAUUGGCCGUCGCCACUAUCGUGAGACCAGUACGCCAUCAUCCCUGGAAAUGCCUCCCCCAAUACUCAACGUUGACAGCAAUAACCCCUCCCAUACAUGGCCAGAUGGACCCACCAGUGCUAUGGAAGUCGAUACAAACAACAAAUCUUCAGCACCAAUGCCUUUGACCCCAAUGUCGCUGAUCGAUACGCAAAACCAACGCGAGCAAACUGAUACACGAAUGAAUCGAGCCAUCACCCACGUAUCCGACUCAUCCCCCAAUCCUGAUCCCAACCCCGGCCCAACCCCGGCGCCAAGUCCUACCGCCAGGAAUCCAACGUACGAGGCUGGGUUGACUGCGUUCUUUGCUGGCCGAUUCGAUGAGGCUCGCAUCCGAUUUCAACUUGCGGCAGAUGAAUGCCGCGACACUGGCGAUGCUUAUCAAGAGGCUGAAUGCCUUCUUCGUCUCGGAAUGACUUGUCGACAUCUUAAGGACUAUCCCAACGCUGUGUCCCAUCUAUCUAGCGCCCGCAGGAUAUACGACUCGCUCCGCAAUUGCCAGCGGGAGCUAUUGUCAUGUGAACGGAGCCUUGCUCGGGUCAGUGAAGAUCAGGGCAAAUAUGAAGAAGCGCUUCUCGCCUACCAGGAAAUCCGAUCCAACGCUCGCGCCAUAGCCUCUCAAACUGAAGAAGCGUGGUGUGAUUACUUCAUAGGUCGCCUGCACAAUCGCAGACGCGAAUACGAAGAUGCUCGCAGGCACCUCAGCAGUGCAAUCACGACUUCCAAAGCACUUAAUAAUCAAGAAAUAGAAGCAUAUGCAACUGAAGAAUCCGGUCAUUCUGCAGAGCGCCAGCAGCAUCGGGAUAGGCUAUAG